AUGCGGUUGACAAAACUUGAAUUGGGUAUUUUCGAUGGACUUUUUUCACUUAUAUCAUUAGAUUUGACUCAAAAUCAAUUAGAAACACUACCAGAAAAUAUUUUUAAAGACCUCCAUGGUCUUGAACACUUGGAUUUAGGAUUUAAUUUAUUAACUUCUAUUAAAGCUGAUACUUUACGACACCUGACGUCUCUUCAAACUUUAUCAUUAAAUGAUAAUAAAAUAAAUCGCAUUGAAAAUAAUUCUUUACCGACCGAAUCAAUCACUACUAUAAAUUUAAAAAAUAACGAGUUGACUUCUGAUAGCAUUGAUUUGUUCAAUGGAAUAGAAAAACUCGAAGUACUUGAUCUGAAUGCAAAUAAUAUUUCAAGAAUUCUAAAUAAUGCUUUUGAUCGUUUGAAAAAUUUACAAGUUCUUGAUCUUGGGAACAAUAACAUUACAGAAUUCGAAUCUCAUGCAUUGGCUGGAAUAUGGAAUAUCAACUUGACAUUACCUGAUGCUUAUUAUACCAACGAUGCUACUACGACAACAAUCGAUACUACCACUUUUGAUUAUACAACAACUGAAACGACAACAACAAUUGACACUACUACCAUGGGUGAAGAACAACAAACCACGUUUGCUUCGAGUUUAUAA